AUGAAUAUAUAGAAUGUAUUUUGAGUUUUUAAUUUUUUAAAAUACUGAUUUGCGAGAAGUGUGUACACACUUUUUGCUGGUCCAAUGUGGCUCUAUGCAUAGUACGGUCACUCUAUUAUUGUUGCUUGGUUUUGUGGCCGCGGGUUUAUUUUAAUUGUGUGAGCGUGCGAAAAUUCUUUGCUUUUUGAUUUGAAUUAAAAUAUAUAAACUAAUAUGGGCGAUUUACUGAAAAACUCGGAGAUGUUAAAAAAGCUGGGAUUCAACAACUCUAAUCAAUGGAUCAUUUACGAUGAACAAUUUGAAAGUUUUUUUAGCUUCUUGUCCGAGAAUAUUACGGAUCGCAACAUACUCACAGAGCAAGAAUGCCUGGAGGCGAGUGAAAUGCAACAAAGAGGCGACUGGUUGCACUCAGAAGAGGAGCGCCAAUUGAAGUUGCAGCAACUGGAGUCUGAGAAUCCGGGUUUAUUGAAAUAUGGAGCAGCAGAUGUGGAAGCGCUGGUUGCCGAGAUCGCUGUAAUUGAGGAAGCCAGCAAUGACUAUUCAGCAUUACUCGGCGAUAUGCAGGACACAAAACAGGAUCUUGUUAAUCACUUGAGAGAUCUAGAGUGCACCCAUUUGGCCCUGCAGAAUUCUUGUGGCGAAAUUCUCAACAACUGUCUGGCCAAGGGGCGACAACUCGAAGAGCUGCAGCGUGAGAAUGCCCAGCUAAGUGACGAGGCCAAGAAAGCGUUUACCACACCUCAGAUGCCGCCGUUGUUCAUGCAUCAGCAGCCCUUGGAGCAGUAUUGCCUCAAGCACAGCUCAUUCCAACAGUACUUCACCCUUUUCAUGAAGGAUAACUUCAAAAUACGCGAGUAUACGGAUUUCGAGCGAGAUGGCGAGCGAAGCAUGCAAAACACUAUCUUAACGCUGGAGAAUCUUCAAAAUUCCCUUCAACAUUUCUCGAUUGCAUACAUUAAGGAGAAAGCGAAAGCAAAGGCCACCCAAGCAAUGAUCGAUCACCUCGAUUUGAACAAAAUUCACUGCAUUAGCCUGGUGGACAUGGCGCGUGAGACGCACGACUUGCAAAUGCUAAACGAGAACCAUCUGAAGAACACCAACGAAAUGCUGCUAAACGAUCUCACCUUCCAUGUGCAUCAGCACGUUCAGCAUCACAUCGAACUUGUGCUCUACGAAAAUUCAAUACAGAAGCGAGAGCGAGCGCUGCAGCGCCGUGAAAAUGUUAAACAAGCACAAGAUCUCUUUUCGGAUGUACUCUCGCAUGCCGAACUCGUUUGGAUAGCAAUCCAAUUGGACUUGGAAAAGAAAAGGAACUGCAUCGACAGGUCCAUUCAGCUGGAUAGCCAGGCACAGGCGUGCUGUCAACGUGUGCAAACAAUGCGCACUUUAAAUACCAGUUUCAAAGGCAUCGCGCCACAGUUUUUGUAUCAACUCGCCAGUCAAUUGUCGGCACACCUUGGUCAAAAUGUCCGCUUCAAUGAGGCGAAAACUUGCCUCUACGAGUACGAGAAGUUUGGCCGCCUUUUGGCUUAUGCACUCCAAAGUAUGUUGGCUAAAAAGUCACAAUUGUAUAUACGCGAGCAGCUGGCUGAUCUUACACACUUGGAGCAAUCACUUCGGCCUUUUGUUUUCGAUUCGCCAAUCGAACAGCCCUUGUUUGAGAACGUUGAACACUUGUGUAGCAUGUUCGAUGCCAUUCGGCAGAUGCAGCAUUUCGAAGAGUCCAUAAAUCAUAUGAGAACUCAAUUCAAGGAAUCAAUAAUAGAUCGUAUGGAAAAAGAGAAACUUUGGCGAUACAGUCAGCUUUUGUGGAUAUGGUUUCUGACAGAGCCGCAACGCAUGCAACAUGCAAUUGAUGAGGUUAAGAAGUGCUCCGCUAAUAUUCCAGCGCUCACUAGCAAUAUGUUCCGUCAUGGAGGCGGUCUGCAACGGAAAUGAAUCGACUUCUUAAAACUUAAAUUAUACCAAUUUUUUUUUGAUAAUGUAAUUACAACUGAAACUUCUUUAAUUCGAUGUUAUUAUAUAUUUGAAUACAA